GGUCAUUGGUCCUUGAGGCCGGUCGAUGUUUUUCAGCUUCACACUACGCUACAUGUGUGGUGACCAAAAACAAAAUGUUAAAUAUAUAGGUUUUGUAUUUGUAACAUCAAUUGCAGACAUUCACACAUUGAGGGGUCAUGCAGAUUCAAUUUUAAUUACUUCUCUCAGCCAGGACAUGCCAAACCAGUGGGUUUUAGUUUUAUGAUUCUGUGAACAGAAUAGAAGUGAUCUCGGGACCAAAAGUAUAUAUAGAGAAAAUAAAUAUUUGAUUUCAAAUGUAAAACACCACCAGUGCAACAAAUCUACAUGAACAACUUGCUUCUCAACCUCAGACCAACCCUUUAUCUGCACCCUGAAACAUAAUCUACAUGAACACCUUACUUCUCAACUAAACCACUAACCUAUGUAUAAGAAUUGCACACCGCAUGAUGUUUCUCCCUAUAUGAAAAUGUUUAACACCAUAUGUCCCUUGAGUUUAAUCUAAUGUCAUAAGUAUGCGGUGGAACUGUAUAUAUAUUAGCAGCCCAAUAGUUGUUUUACUGCAAGGUUCAGAAGUUACAAGACCUCUUAUGCUAGAGACAUAUCACCAAGUGUUUUGAAAGACAGACAAGCGAACUACGAGACAUGGGGAGUGAGCAUGUUGGGCAGGGAGGUUCCAUAAUGAAGGCCAACGGCGGCAGAGCGACGAUUUUGGCUCUUGGCAAGGCCUUCCCUCAUCAGCUUGUCAUGCAGGAUUUUCUGGUUGAUGGGUAUUUCAGAGAUACCAACUGUGAUGAUCCUGAACUUAAGCAGAAGCUGGCUCGACUCUGCAAGACAACAACAGUCAAAACUAGGUAUGUUGUCAUGUCAGAUGAGAUUCUAGAGAAGUACCCAGAGCUUACAACUGAAGGCACACCCACUAUAAAGCAAAGACUGCAUAUUUGUAACGAAGCUGUAACACAGAUGGCAAUUGAAGCUUCAGGAGCUUGCAUCAAGAACUGGGGGAGACCUAUUUCAGAUAUAACACACUUGGUCUAUGUCUCAUCCAGUGAAGCUCGACUACCCGGUGGUGACAUUUACCUAGCAAAAGGACUUGGCCUCCGUCCCGAGACUCAAAGGGUCUUGCUUUACUUCUCAGGCUGCUCGGGUGGUGUGGCUGGCCUUCGUGUUGCCAAGGACAUUGCUGAGAACAAUCCAGGAAGCAGAGUACUACUUGCUACUUCUGAAACCACUAUUAUUGGCUACAAACCACCAAGUGCACAUAGACCGUAUGAUCUGGUUGGUGUUGCACUAUUUGGGGAUGGUGCUGGAGCCAUGUUGAUUGGCUCAGACCCUGACUUAAUCUCUGAAAAGCCUCUGUUUGAGCUUCACACUGCCAUACAAGAGUUCCUGCCAGACACCGAGAAGACCAUUGAUGGAAGGGUCACAGAAGAGGGGAUUAGUUUCAAGCUAGGAAGAGAGCUUCCUCAGAUAAUUGAAGAUCACAUUGAAGGGUUCUGUGGGAGGUUGAUGGGAGUUCUUGGAUAUGAUAACAAGGAGUACAAUAAGAUGUUUUGGGCUGUUCAUCCAGGAGGUCCUGCAAUCUUGAACCGGUUGGAGAAGCGUCUUGAUUUGUUCCCAGAGAAGUUAAAUGCCAGCCGACGAGCUCUGACAGAUUAUGGCAAUGCUAGCAGUAAUACCAUAGUGUAUGUGCUGGAGUACAUGAUAGAAGAGAGCAAGAAGAUCAAGAAGGAACAGCAAGAAGGAGAUGGUGAAUGGGGAUUGAUACUGGCUUUUGGACCUGGAAUUACUUUUGAGGGAAUUCUAGCAAGGAACCUUGCUGUCUAAGCAUAAAGCCAAAUCUUAGAUAGCUCACUAGAACUUUUAUAUCUGCUGUCAUUAGGCCACAUGAGGUGCGCUUAUGUUUAUGUAAUUGUCUUUCCAUUGAUUUCAAUUGAAUAUAUAAGACUGAAGUUCUUAAAGUCUAACAAUCCUUAAAAUCAGUCCAAGUUUAUUAUUUUGUUUUCGUUCCAACCAAAUGACCCAAAAUCAAUUUGUGAUAAUUGUUGUUUACCCUAUAAUCUA